AUGUCUGGCGGGCCCCCCAAGGCCCUGCCGUCCACGGGGCCCCAGUCUCUGCGCGACAUGCCGCACCCGCUGGCCGGCUCCAGCAGCGAGGAGGCCGUGGGCGGCGACAGCACGCCCAGCCCGGACCUGCUGACUGCCCGCAGCUUCGGCGACAAGGAUCUCAUCUUGCCCAAUGGCGGCACUCCGGCAGGCACUGCGAGCCCAGCUUCUUCAUCGUCCCUGCUCAACAGACUGCAGCUUGAUGAUGACGUGGAUGGUGAGACCAGAGACCUCUUUGUCACGGUUGAUGAUCCUAAGAAGCACGUCUGUACGAUGGAGACCUACAUCACGUACAGGAUCACCACCAAAAGUACUCGGGUGGAGUUUGACCUGCCAGAAUAUUCUGUCCGUCGAAGAUACCAGGAUUUUGACUGGUUGAGGAACAAACUGGAAGAAUCCCAGCCCACUCAUCUCAUUCCCCCACUUCCUGAGAAGUUUGUGGUAAAAGGUGUCGUGGAUCGAUUUUCAGAAGAGUUUGUGGAGACCAGAAGAAAAGCUUUGGAUAAAUUCCUGAAAAGAAUUACAGAUCACCCUGUACUCUCCUUCAAUGAACACUUUAAUGUUUUCCUUACUGCCAAGGACCUGAACGCCCACAAGAAGCAAGGGAUGGCAUUACUGACUCGGGUGGGCGAGUCGGUCAAGCAUGUCGCUGGCGGCUACAAGCUGAGAAGUCGGCCUCUCGAAUUCGCAGCCAUCGGCGAGUACUUAGACACGUUUGCACUCAAGCUGGGAACUAUCGAUCGAAUAGCCCAGCGGAUCAUCAAGGAAGAAAUAGAGUACCUUGUAGAGCUGCGGGAAUACGGGCCCGUGUACUCCACGUGGAGCGCGCUAGAGGGGGAGCUGGCGGAGCCCCUGGAGGGGGUGUCAGCCUGCAUCGGCAGCUGCUCUGCCGCCUUGGAGGAGCUGACCGACGACACGACAGAAGACUUUCUACCUGUGCUCAGGGAGUACAUUUUAUACUCUGACUCCAUGAAGAGCGUGCUGAAGAAGAGGGACCAUGUACAGGCCGAGUACGAAGCCAAACUGGAAGCCGUGGCUCUGAGGAAGGAAGAGCGGCCCAAGGUCCCAGCAGAUGUGGAGAAAUGUCAGGAUCGGAUGGAGUGUUUCAACGCUGAUCUGAAAGCCGACAUGGAGAGGUGGCAGAACAACAAGAGACAGGACUUUCGGCAGCUGCUCAUGGGAAUGGCUGACAAGAACAUCCAGUAUUACGAGAAGUGCCUCAUGGCGUGGGAGUCGAUCAUCCCACUACUGCAGGAGAAGCAAGAGGACAAGUAA